AGAAACUUUAAAUUUGAUCAUAUCAACCCGGAACAAAGCUUUUUCAAUCUAUAUUAGCGCCCAAAACAGCUGUGCAAAAUUUGGAAGCGAUUGGUUGCGUCCCCGUAUUCCGCAUUGCGAUUGAAAUUUGUAUGGAAGUUAGUAUGGGAAAACGUACUUUUUUGCAUUUUACACAUAAGUUGUAUUCUUUUGUCUAAUACCAUAUAACUAAUGACGUUAAAGUAUAGCCUAGGAUAUGCCAAAAAACUUUGCCGAAGACCGCGAAGUGAUCCGACGCUUGUGAAAAAAGUUAUUCGCCUGGUAUCUUAGGCCAAAAAUUGAGAUUUUAUUAUUGAUGUUAUUCCUUUACAUGUUAAACGUUAAGCACCACCCGGCAAUCUGUACGUUUUAACUUUUUUCAGAAGUGUCGGAUCUCUUUGCAGUCUUUGGUAAAGUUUUUCGGCAUAUCCUAGGCUAUACUUCAACGUCAUUAGUUAGAUUGUUUUAGACGAAAAAUUUCAAUUUAUGAGAAAAAUGCAAAAAAGCACGUUUUCCCAUACUAAAUUCCAUACAAAUUUCAAUCGCAAUGCGGAAUACGGGGAAGCAACCAAUCGCUCCCAAAUUUUGCACAGUUGUUUUGGACGCUAAAAGGAAUCGAAAAAGCUUUGUUCCAAAAAAUCGACUUUGUUGACCCAGUCUACUGUGUAUAUCGAACCGACGACGAUCGGCGGGUACACGCGAUUGCUGCUCGUCGAAAUUUUGUUGGAUUUUCAGUGUCAGUGCUCGCGAUUUAUAGCCGGGUUCAAUUUACUGUGUGCCAAUCAGCAUAAAAAGUGUGCACUACGGUAUUCAAAAUUGGUUUCAAUGUUUCAAUUGUGACGACCUGCGAAUUACAGUGGGAUAGCAGGAGAAUAGUGCAAAAGAGUCAACAACCGAAGAAAAAGUUGUCCUUUUACUGGGAACAAGUUUCAGCUGCGUAUCAGUUUAAUCACCUAAGUAUAUUACGACACGAAAGUAAACAAACACAAAACGAUUCCGAAACCGAAGGUGUCUUCUCAUCGAUAGAAUCGUAAACCUCGGCGUAUCGGUUCACAUCAUCAUCAAUUCCAUAUCAACAACAUAUAUCGAUCAAACCACGCUCGAGGAUAACACUUUUCCAAUCGGCACAAAGUUUUUCCUAGUGUUACUGCCCCAUAACACGUAAUAGAGGUGCUUACGUUUUUGCCGACAAAUCCGGGAAAGCUGCUGUGAUAUAACGCAAAACUGGAAACACCUAGUCACGUAUCUCGGGUGGUACGCGGUUUGGGGGAUUUUCAGUUACCUAACCUUACGGAAGAGAGGUCCUUGUGACAUUAUGCUUUCCCAGGAAGUUGUGUGAAAAGUGUAGCUAGUUAUCCAAUCGCAAUAAAAUUCGACCAAGUCAAGGGGUACAAUUCAUGCCAACUUUUUGUCACGGUGUGGCGUGGACAGUUUGAAAAAGUGAAGAAAAGUGAUUUUUAAUUAACCUUUUGAAGAUAUCGCCGUUGUUACCAGCCAACCAGCCAGCCAGUGCCAGUGGUGCCUUGGGAGCACUUUUUGUUUUGCCUUAGCUGAAGACGUCUACGCCGACGUGGCGGUGUGAUGAUGAGCGGAGAAAAAGCGUCCAAUAAGAGAAAAGUGCAUCGGCGACAAGAUAUUAAUGCAGAUUUAUACAUCGCGUGCAAUUUUUAAUCUCAGGGGAGAUAAAGUGUUAAAAAGCAUUGUGAAAGAAGCGGUGGGAAGACACGGUGGAUGAUUGGGAAUGUGACAUAAUAAGUGAGAAAUCUAAUUAAACUUCCAUUGAUCAUCAGUGCAAUUAAGGUGCGGGGGAAAGUGCGAGUGGAGAAAAAUUUUCCAGUUGAGCAGUUUUAUGAAAUCGGAUUAUGAUGGUGGAGAAAGCGGAAGGAUUCUUGUUUCGGAAACCGGUGUACCAGUAUUUCCAGUAUCUAGAAACGUAAGAACCAAACUCCAAGACAAUCUCUCAAGUAUCACACAUUCUUUGUCUGCAAUAUAAAACAAUGUCCGGUCGUCCACGUAAAAACUGCAAGCAUGAUGGUAAUUAAAGCGCACAAAGUAAAUAACCGUCGCGUCGGGCUCACCUCUCAUAACAUAAUUUCUCACGCGACACCUGAUCGCGUAGGCUUAGGUUGCACUCAUUUGCGUCCUGUUACUGCUGAAGCAAAACCUUGUCGCCCCUAUAGUGGCGAAGAGGCGUUUAUGAAUGUUGGUAUGCACAGCACAUGUAGGCAACACACCUUUCACUCGAUUGGGCUCAGUUCACGGUGCAAAUGCAACUGCACUCGACUCGUGUCAGUUUCUGAAGACAACUGAAACAGACUCAUGAAGGUAUAAUGUAAAUUUAGUGCGAUCAUUAAAGUAGAGCUGGCUUACAAUGAUCUCCCUCAAAGCAUACUUUUUAUGUUAUCAAUAGUGUUUAAUCUACCAUAGUUGAGUAUUAUAGCCGAUGUAGCACAAGGAACCAUACUGUCUAAUAUUUCCUAGUUUACAGCCACACCUUUGGCGUGGGUUUUUCCAAUUCCUGAAUAUACAAUACCAUACAUCUGGCAAACACCAUCCAUGUAAAGAGCUGCAGCACAUCACCCAGAGACGGUUGGUAAUCGCAUCGCAUUGGGUAACUCUCGCUGAGACCGUCCCACUAUUUACACCAUGUCUUCCAAAAUGUUUAAGGUGGUGAUUUUCUGAAAGUCCUCCCCAAAAAAGUAAGGAAAAUGCAUUUGGUUAAUCAAAUUGGUGGACCCCCCGUGAGUUAGAGCCACAAGCAUUUUGGCGGACCCCUCGAUUUUUGUCAAUUGUUGGUUCAUUUAAACCGUUAUAACUCGAAAGUUUCGCCAGAAACCACCUAAAAACUAUAGGUUGUUGAAAAGAGAGAAGAAAGGGCUACUAUUUACAGUUAUAAAAAGUUGGGUCGGCCAUAUUGAUUUUGGCCGCCAUCUUGGAUUUUUAUACCAAAACUGUUUUUUCACCAUGUUAGCAACCAUCAAUUUUCAAAAUUUUUGCGUCAAUCGAAAGCGGGGACAUAUUUACACAACAUAUCAAAAAUUUAGAGAUGUAUCUAUUUCCUAUCAAAAGUUAUCUGCACUUUUGUGAAUCAUGCCACUUUUGCGCACUGGGCCAGGUGCCGAUUGUUUACAUAAAUGCAGCGUUUUUUCACAAUGUUUACGAACAUUUAUUCUAAAUCUGUUUCCACUAAUGAAAAGUUGAAAGUUUCAGCUUUUCAAAACACCAAAAAAGUUUAAAAAGCAAUGCCCGCAUAGUUGAGAAACAGUUAAAAAUGAGAACGAUCCUCCGAUUUGCCGUAAUUUUGCAGCAGGUGCGUUUGUGUAUACAAGCAGGCGCCAACUUUGAUGCUGUUGCGUGUCAUUGCCGGUGCGCAUGGAAAUGUAUGGAGAAAACGUGUCAUGAUUAACAAAAGUGCAGACAACUUUUGAUAGGAAAAGGAUACAUCUCUAAAUUUUCGAUAUGUUGUGUAAAAAUGUCCCAGCUUUCGAUUGACGCAAGAAAUUUGAAAAUCGGUGGUUGCCAACAUGGUGAAAAAAAUGUUUUGGUACAUAAAUUCAAGAUGGGGGCCGAAAUCAAUAUGGCCGACCGAACUUUUUAUAACUGCAAAGAGUACCUCUAUCUUUUCUCUUUCCAACAACCUAUAGUUUUAAAGUGGUUUCUGGCGAAACUUUCGAGUUAUAACGGUUUAAAUGAGCCAACGUUUGACCAAAAUCGAGGGGUUCACCAAAAUGCUUGUGGCUCUAACUAACGGGGGGUCCACCAAUUUGAUUAACCAAAUGCAUUUUCCUUACUUUUUUGGGGAGGACUUUCAGAAAAUCGCCAUCUUAAACAUUUUCGAAGACAUGGUGUAAAUAGUGGGACGGUCUCAGCGAGAGUUACCCAUUACUAGUCGUUAUCGACAUCUAGUCAGGAUCGAGUACAGAGCUUCCGCAGUAAGCAACCGUCUUCAAGUUCGUUUCGUUGCCUCCGUCGUCUACCCAAUCAAUAGACGACAAAAUAACUCGUUCGUCUGGCCGGGAAAGCUCGCCCGGUAACGCAGCAGACGAUCAUUGGCUGGCGCGACGCGCGCCAUCAAUCAGAUCGGCAAUGUUAUCAAUUAUUUACUCAAUUGACGACCGAACUCGCUACCUACACCUUGUCUAGGUCGUUCGUAUGCAACAGCGACCGAGCGAGCGCCACCGUCGUAGAGUUGUUUAGUCAACAGUUUUCACUUCCCGACAACAAUCCUGCAGAAAUGCAUGACUGUUGACAAAGCUGGUUUACUCGUGUUUUAAACUUUUUAUUUGAUUUGCAUUUGCGUAAUGCGGAACAGCGAACUAUGUGUUGAAAUUCAAAUUUUCAUAAAUAAUAGUUCUUACCACACAUAGGGAGACUUUUCCAUCUGUUCAACAGAGUGCUUCAAAUAUCAUCGUACUCAAAACUAAUGAUUGCAACACUCUUGUUUUUUAUUUUUGGUAUAUUCGUUCUCUUGCCUGCUGUUGUAAUCACUGUUUUAUAGGAAUAUACUUACAUUAACUGUUAAAACCAUCAGAUCCCAAGGAACAAAUUGACAACCUUUCAGCUUUCGUGGUAAUUUAUAAAGGUUUUAUUAUAGCAGCAAACAUGCCGCGUUGUCUACAGAAAGCAUUUAAAUAUACAAAAUAACCACAGAUAAAAAAAUAACUUUUAAUUGUUUUCACAACCUUCUGUAGCCAAAAUUUAAAACCAAAUAUGGCAUGAUUUUCAAAAUAGGUUUAUCAUAGCAUUCUGUUCCUCUAGAGAACCGUUCAUUUAAAACUACAGUCAGGUUUUUUUUUACGCGGGGGAUACGUACCGCGUAAAAAAAAACUCAGUUCAAAAUUCGAAAAACCGCGUAAAAAAAGUCUCACCAUUUCUCGACGAAUCAUGCAAAAAUAAGACGAUGAAUUUUUUUUUUGUAUGGAGUUUUCAUUUACGCGGCCGCGUAAAUGAAAACCGCGUAAAAAAAGACCUGACUGUAUACACAUGGACUUAUGAAUGUUGUGAUAUAUUAUUCUAUAAAUGUACUUUGUUAUUAUAAAAGACGCGAGUAAGCCAAAUGGUUUUAUAUGAGAUCAAACGGCAUUUAACCAGCUGAUCAGCGGCUGCCUGCUGACCGAGCGCCAUCAUUGCUUUUAGCCCCAAAAAUUGUAGUCGCGGUUGAAACCCGAAGUUCCCCCACACGCGACAACCAAGUUUUCUCCAAAUCAAUACGUGAAACCUAACGUCGGACGUAUUGCGCUGGGUAGCGGAUCUGGCCCUCUAUCUAGCGCACUUUGCCCGACGCACGGUUUGAGAGAAAAAUCGGUUUUCUCCUGUCAAGAACUUCGAUUUUCAACUGCACAAACAAUAACUACGGAUGGAAGUUCAUUACGGCAUAUUCCAGGCCAUGGGAGUACAGCAGAACCACGGACGGAAUAACAUACGGAACACUUUACGAAGCACUCACCAGUGCAACAUCAGGAGGUUCACAGCUAGCAUCUCUCACGCUCGUGUCUGAAUACUCGAUUACUUACCACUCAGUUGCCGAUGGGAAAAAGCCAUCGUUCGAAGGUAACUGCUGAACUUUAUAAUCACUUUGAUAAGAAUACAUAAAAUCUUUUAAAAUAGUUACAAUGAACUACUUUCACUCGAAUGGAUGGGUCAAACGUAAACAUCACAUUCCAGCUGUCAAAUUUUUAACUGGUUGCUGUUUAGUCUUCAUAUAAGUUAAAAAAUAACGAAACGGUUUCAGAUUAGCUUUUAUCGUAACCAUUUAGCAUGCAGGUUGUCAUUAUAAAUGCAAUCACAAGGCAUUAUGCGUUAAAUGAUGCUUUUAUGAAAGCAAAGUGGAAAUGAUAGAAAAAUAGAUAUUUUCAGCGCCGACAUAUUGGAUGGUUGAAUUAUUCUUCCUCGAUGAUGAUUUUCAAUCAUAUUUUCAGGUGACAUUUGUAUGUUAUAUUAACGAUUUCGAAGGGGGCGCGUAUUUUUUCGCAUCUUCAAUAGCAUAUUCAACAUGAAAUUUCAUCCGGCAAUUGGUUUGGUGGCUUUAUACUAUAAAUAAUCACCGUGCAAAAUUUGCCAAUUUGAAACGUAUUAUUUGCAUUAUUUCUCUGCCAGUUUUGUUUUUUCUUCCAUGAUGAAUUUAUCAAGACGAAAUAUAAUUUAUGAAUUCAGAAUAGUUACGAUGAAUGUCAUUAUUAGUGGGGAUAGCAUUUACCUAGGUGGAGUACUCUAGAGAUAGUUGCUACAAAUGCUGGAUUACUUUUGCUGAAUACACUUCAAAACCUUCACCAGGAUGGGCCAACUAGCAAGAUUUUGAUCUUCCUGAGGUUAUGGUAGAAGCAAUGCGGAUAAUGUUGCCUUGACAAGAGUUUUAUUGAGGUAGGUUUAUGAUAGAUCCCUGUUAAUCUACUGUGUGCAGCUCUCAUCGCCCUCAAACUUUUUGGCCUGUUUAAAGGUGAAAACCGCUCGAAAAUUUCGCGUGUGACUGAUAAACAGUGAGAAAAGCAGGUGUAGUGAGUUAAUCAAGUGCAGUAAGGUAAGGGAGUGCAUUCUAGUGGUUAAAAAUUAAGAUUUUAUUAGUGCUAAAAGUGCGCAAUGUGUACUAUGGUGGCACAAACAAAAGACACCGCAUAAUUGAUAGAGGCAUAUUAUCCCGCCUUGCAUGCAAGUUGUAUCUAAAGUGUGUGUGCUACUGAAACAGUGCCAUGUGUGUGAUGCGUGUAUGCAUAGAAACGUGUGAAUAGGAAAUAUCUGCAGAUUUCAUGUUUGCUAUUGCUAUUUUCUUAGAAAAAUUAAUGGGAAGAUUUUCAUACUCCCUCGUUAUUAUAACGUUCUAUGAAAAAAUAGGACCUCUAAUACUGCCGAAAGACUGUAAAUAAUAAGGUAGCACACGUAAUAACAAUCUAAAGCAAUCCAUAUUGAUCCCAAUUCUGGUCCAACCAUUAAGGGAAAAUUGAUGGUAUGCAGUAGGAUUUAUAUCUCAACCAAUUUUUAUCUUCAUUCUUUUACUUCUCCUUAUUAAUUGGGAAAAGUAAAAGGUAUAAAUGUAAAAACUUGUUGUCAACUUUUAUCAUAAUGUGAUUUAUUUGUUUGCAUAUUUAUAUAAUUCGCGUUAUUUUUUUUUGUUUAACUUUGAAGCGUAAUUUAUACUUGCUUGAAAUUUCUGUCUUUUGUAGUUUUCACUCUUUCUUUUUUUUCCCUCAUACGGUACAAUUAAAAGCUAUUCCUAAUUUUAAAUUUAAACUUGUUUGCAACGUCUGUUAUCUAUCCUUAUCUUUUCUUUCUUUUCAGUAUAAUCAAAUUUGUUUCUCGUUUAAGUCCAAUUUUGCUAUUUUAUUUUUCUUUAUUCCUUUUUUUUUCUUGGCAAAACUUUUACGUUGCAAUUGUAUAAGGUAUUCUGUGAAGAAGCCAUGACUUACUGUAGAAUCUAUUCGUUAUUAUUGCAGAAAACAACUACGUCGUACUAUGGAUCUUGAUAGAGAAAUCGAUAAUGUCGAAGAUCAAUUACAAAGCCACUCGUUAGAGGAAAUUGAAUCUUGCUCCUCAUCAAUACUUGAUCGUGAAGAUAUGUAUGUUGAUGAUGAUGAUUAUGAUGAUGGAGUGAAUGUCACUCUGUUAUCUUCAUCGGUUAUUAUGAAAUCCGACACGGAUUCUGCAAAAAAUACCAUGGUGGAAAAGGAGUUAAAUGCUUCUGCCACUACAAUCAAUACUAUUGACAGCAAUGACCCAAAGCUGCCAUCCAUUGCAGCACAAGGAGUCGAUGACAAAAAGCUGAAACGCCUUAACGGAGCAGCCAAAAAGAGGUUCAGAUACCUUGUAGAUCAUGGGCAUAGUAGAGAGGAAGCUCGUGUAUUGGCUGAAAAACCGUACCGCGUUGCGCAACCUGAACCAUCUAAGCGUCGAAGAAAUGCCGACCUAAGUGAAUCUACUACUAGCGAUACCAACCCUCCUAAAAGGCUUGCCCGUCAGUUUGAGAGAGGACAGACUUCUCAAGUUAGGUCCUCGGUUCAAAGUAGACUAGCACAAGCUAGAAAAGGAGGGGAAUCGCUUGAACCCAAAGAGGCUGCUGGUAACAGUGGGCCUCAGGCACCAUCGUAUUCAGAAGUAGUGAAUUAUGUUAGAGUCGGCAUUCUUCCUGUAGGCUAUCCUAACACGGAACUUACUACCCAACAACUAGCUGCUAUUCAAAACGAAAUUCUUAAAAAGGUCUCUGAGCAAAGAAAGGAGCGUAUGAAACCUAAAUUUGGUAGUUGUUUGUUCAGGCCUGGGCACUUGAUCAUUGUUUGCAAAAACAAAGAUACAGUCGAAUGGUUAAAGGCAAAAAUUUCCGUUAUAAAACCUUGGGAGAAUGCGUGCCUUAUCACUGUUGACGAGAAAGACAUACCCAGACCAGAAAUUUUAGUGGGAUUUUUUCCACGAAGUGAACAGGACUCAAACGAGGAAAUCCUUACAUAUGUAGAAAGUCAGAACGAAGGCUUAGUAGUCGAUGCUUGGAGGAUUCUGAAGAGAUAUACGGUUAAACAGUAUCAUGUGGAACUGGUUUUCACAGUAGAUGCUGUUUCCAUGAGGUCUCUAGAAGAUUGCAAGUUCACGAUUGACUACAAAUUUGGAGUAGCCUACAUAAGAAAGAGGAAUCCAAAAACAGAGAGCUCUGAAGGCGAUCAAACUGAAGGAGCCAACGAUAUCAAUGAGGAGUUACCUAGGAGCUGCGUAGAUCAGCCCAAACAGGUUCCCGGCACUAGCAAGAGUACAACGGGCGUCGAGAUGACCGGAACUGUACAAAUGGGCACAGUAGUCAGACCUGAAGGUACAGAUAAGGGCAGUCAAGGCUCUUCAAGAAUCGUCAAGGAAAAGAGUGAUAUAGUAAUGCCUAGCAAUUCUAAACAAGGAGCUGAUCAUUUGGUGUACCGCCAAAUAAAAUCCCACAAACAACAAUUCGAAGCAAGGGCAGAUAAAACUGCCUUUAAGUCUAUUUAAAUAAUAAAACAGUAAGCAAAAUGACUCAAAGAAGCAUAAAAUUUAUUCAAGAAAACCUUCAUCAUGCAAAGGGAGCUUCAGCAGUUUUAAGUAAGACGUUUACAAGGGGCAAACUGGACGUGGCGCUUUUACAAGAGCCAUGGACAAGAAACCACAAAAUAUUAGGAUUACACACAACGGGAUGUAAGUUAGUUUUUGAUGACACUCAGCUCACUCCAAGAGCUGCUAUUCUAAUAAGCAGUAAUGCUCAAUACACACCCAUUACAGAAUUCAUCGGAAGGGAUAUUGUUGCAAUUUCGCUAGAGGUGCCAACCACAAAAGGAAAAACGAUAAUUUAUGUUGCGUCGGCCUAUUUUCCUGGUGACGUUGAGGAAGUACCUCCUCCGGAAGUUGCAGCAUUCGUAUCCCAUUGUAGAAGUCAAAAUAAGGGGUUCAUCAUCGGAUGUGACGCAAACGCCCACCAUACUAUUUGGAGUAGUACAGGAAUCAACAGUAGAGGUGAGUCUCUUUUUGAUUUUGUAUCUCAAAACGACAUUGACAUAUGUAACAAAGGUAAUACACCUACAUUUAUUAAUGCUGUAAGGGAAGAAGUGUUGGACUUAACUCUUUGUAGUUCUACACUUUCGGGUAACAUAGCAAAUUGGAAAGUAUCUGAUGAAAUAUCAUUAUCGGAUCAUAGGCAAAUUCUAUUCGAGUUCGCUGCGGGAAACAUUGUAAAGGAAACUUUUAGAGAUCCUCGAAAAACUAAUUGGAAUCUUUAUUGUUCUAAGAUUGAAUGUCAAAAUGAAUUAUCUUUCAACAAAAUUACUACAUGUUCUGAGCUUGAAAAGGCAGCUGACUGCCUAACAACUGUACUUACGAGAGCAUUCAACGAAAGCUGUCCAUCAAAAGUGCGCUCCACAAGCAGAGACGUUCCUUGGUGGAAUGAUAGGCUGGGGAAACUUAGGAAAAAUGCUCGUAAACAGUUCAAUCGAGCCAAACUUACAUCGAAUUGGGCUCCCUAUAGAGAAGCUUUAACUAACUACAAUAAAGAAAUAAGAAGAUCAAAGCGGAAAAAUUGGAGACACAUGUGUGAGAGCGUUGAAAGUCUUCCUGAAACUGCUAGACUUCAAAAGGUUCUCUCAAAAGAUCAUACCAAUGGUCUCGGAACAUUAAAAAAGGAUGACGGAUCCUACACAAAAAAUACCCAAGAAACUCUGGAACUUAUGAUGAAAACUCAUUUUCCAGGAUCUCUUCCUUCUCUCUCUGAUCAAACUAGAGAUGACGUUUGUUUUGGGAACUCAAUGAAUGGAAUGGAAAUGUCCAACUUUGAAGCUUCCGAAUUAGCUAAUUAUAUAUUCACAUGCCCUAGGAUUGAAUGGGCAUUAGACUCUUUUGAAUCGUUUAAAAGUCCAGGUAUGGAUGGAAUUUUUCCUGCGCAUCUCCAAAAGUGCAAGUUAACAAUAAUUCCAAUACUACUAACUUUAUUUAAAUCCAGUUUCUUAUUAAGGUAUAUUCCGACAAAAUGGAGGCAAGUCCGAGUUGUUUUUAUACCUAAAACAAAUAAAAAAGAUAAAACGUCGCCAAAAUCGUUUAGGCCAAUAAGUCUUACGUCUAUUUUUUUGAAGUUGAUGGAGAAACUUAUAGAUGAGUAUAUUAAAUCAGAUAUACUUCAAGAUAAACCAUUAAAUAGAGCGCAAUUUGCCUAUCAAACUGGCAAAUCAACAAUAUCGGCUCUUCACUCGUUAGUAACUAAAAUAGAAAAAACAUUUGACAGUAAGGAAUUAUUAUUGGCAACCUUUAUAGAUGUCGAAGGCGCGUUUGACAACGCUAGCUUUGCAUCGAUGAAAAGAGCCAUGAGGAAACGUAAUUUUUCGAGAAGUUUAACCGAUUGGAUAGAGCAAAUGCUGUCAAAGAGGGAAAUAUCAGCAUAUUUAGGAGAUUCAGUUGUAAAGGUAACAGCUAUACAAGGCUGUCCUCAAGGGGGAGUAAUAUCUCCCCUCCUCUGGUCCCUGAUUGUUGACGACCUUCUAACAAAACUACAGCAUCAAGGUUUUGAAGUUGUUGGAUUUGCGGAUGACAUUGUUGUCAUUGUCCGUGGGAAAUUUGAUAAUACUGUUUUCAAUCGAAUGCAAGAAGCAUUGAGAUUUACUUUAGUUUGGUGCAAAAAUGAAGGGUUGAAUAUCAAUCCCUCAAAAACAACGAUUGUACCCUUCACUAGGAGACGAAAAAUCUCUAUAUCGGAACUGAAGCUAGGAGAUGUCGAAUUAUCUUUAUCUCUAGAUGUCAAAUUUUUAGGAGUUGUACUAGAUAGUAAACUCUGCUGGCAUAAACAUGUGGAAAAACAGUUAGAAAAAGCUAGAAAUGCUUUCUGGGGCUGUAAAAGAACUUUUGGGAGGAAAUGGGGCUUGAAGCCGAAGAUGAUACUUUGGAUUUAUAUGGCCAUUGUGAAACCCAUUAUUACUUAUGCUUCUAUUAUUUGGUGGGAAAAGACCAAACAAGUUACAACUCAAACAAAAUUAAACAAGCUACAAAGGCUUGCAACAGCUUCACUAACUGGGGCAAUGCAUAGCACCCCAUCAAAAGCUUUGGAUGCAAUGCUAAAUCUUCUGCCAUUGCAUGAUUGUAUUCAAAUAACAGCUGCUAAAAGUGGUCUAAGUAUGAGAAGGUCCUUAAAUCUCAAUGAUUAUAAUCUUAGAGGGCAUAUGAGCAUACUAAAGACUUACGAAAUCGACCCAGUAUAUUUGGUCAAUGAAGAUUACAUGAUAAAGCGUAACUUUUUUGGUCAUCUAUUUUGUGUUGCUGAUGUGACUCGUCAGGAUUGGGAAACAGGGGAGCCAGAUUUUCGAUCUGGUUCAACUGUUUUUUACACUGACGGCUCAAAACAAGACAAUUUGGUUGGGGCUGGUAUUUUUGGCCCUGGUGUCAAUGUUUCAUUGCCACUGGGAAGGUGGCCUACUGUCUUCCAGGCUGAAGUCUAUGCUAUUUUGGAAUGUGCCGACAUAUGUCUCAAAAGGCGCUAUAGAAAUGCUAAUAUUUGUAUAUGUUCGGAUAGCAAAGCAGCAUUGAAUGCUUUGAAGUCCAAAGUGUAUACCUCGAAACUAGUCUUGGAAUGCUCGAAGCUACUGCAGCAAUUGUCCUGUCGCAAUAAGGUUAAUCUGUAUUGGGUUCCUGGGCAUCGCGGAAUAGAAGGAAAUGAAAAAGCUGAUCAGUUGGCAAAACAAGGGUCAUCCACUCAAUUCAUAGGACCGGAGCCUUUUUUUGGAUUGGCUCCAAGUGCCUUAAAAAUGAAAUUCAAGAUUUUAGAAGAAUUUAAAAUUAAGCAUAACUGGAUGAACAUAACUGAUUCUCGUCAAUCUAAGCGAUUCAUCACACCAGACGCCAUUAACACACUAAGGCUAAUAGACCUGAACAAAAAUGACCUAAGUACUUACACUGGACUAAUAACUGGCCACUGCCCUUGCAAAUACUAUCUAAAAUUGAUUGGUAAAUUGCAAGAAGAUAAAUGUCGAUUUUGUAAAUUAGAGACUGAAACGUCUGAGCAUUUAUUGUGCGAGUGUGUUGCACUUUAUCACAAGCGCUGUAGAUUUCUGGAAAGGGGCCUAAUGGGGCCUCAGGAAAUUUGGGCUUCUCAUCCCAAACAUGUACUAAGUUUCAUACGAAACGCGGUACCUGAUUGGGACAUUUGCUGUGAGGAUAGUCACUCCUGAUAGUGUCGGUUCUUUUCAGUACGGCAAUAAAAAAAAUGAAGAGGAUGACGCCACAAUAGAUCAAAUCAAUGGUCGCAGUGGCAUUAUGUCCCCAACAAGGAAAAAAAAAAAAAAAAAUGAUAAUCUUCUAGAGUUUCAUAAAACUGAAAAUGUUACUUGGGAUCUGUCCGCUCUUCUAGCGAUGACAAGCGUUGGGUAUUGAAACUCAUGGUUACAGAAUGUUUUUGACCGUGUGACAUUGGGUAUUCGCGCUCGUAUUAUUGCCCCUUACCUUACCUUACCGGUCAGGCUAAGGCCGGGGUGGCCUCUACUGUACAUAGUAGCCGCCUCCAUUCCACUCGGUCCAUGGCUGUUUGUCUCCAGUUCCGCACUCUGCGUAGGGUCCGCAGAUCGUCCUCCACUUGGUCGACCUACCUAGCUCGCUGCGCUCCACGUCUUCUUGUACCGGUCGGAUGACUCUCGAGAACCAUUUUAGUCGGGUUGCUAUCCGACAUCCUGAUGAUUGCCCCUGCAAGAUUAUGAUUCAACUCCAUGUUUGGACCUCUGUUAAACCUCGUAUCUUUGGCAUCCGAAAAAUAGCGUCCGUCAACCAGCACGUGUUCUGUCUAGGUCAGGGGUACUCAAACUUUCUCAGCUUGCGAUCCACUUUUGAUUGUUGUAGUAUUUGGCGACCCAUCAGCAAGUAUUUCCAUAACGUGUCAUUUUUUUUAAAAUUUGGACUGCCUUUUUGAAUAAAUACAUAUGAUCGCUUUCAUAGGUUUUGAUAGACUUACAGGGGAUAGACAAAAUGAUCGGGACAGGCAAAAUUUUCACAUUUCAAUAAAUGGUCAAAAAGCUGUAACUUUUUGAAAAGUGCAUCAAAGAAUCUGAUGUUUUUACUGUGAGUUGAUCAACUAGUUGUGUAUCAAUGGUCCAAAUUUGGAAAAGAUUGGGCUAUUCUAAAUUAAGUAGGAAAGAUGCUAGAAAAAGUCAUAAUUAUUUGAUAGCCAACUUUGAAGUUUUAUAUCUCCGGAGUCAAUGAGCCAAAUGCAAUAAAGUUUUGAGCGUUCAUGACUUAUAUGAUUAGCUUUGAAAAACGUUUGACAUAACCUAAAAUUGUUCACACGGAAGAAAAUUAUACCGUUUAGAUUAUUUUUCUGAUAUAACACCAAAUAAUCGAAAAUUUCAACAUGACUUCGAAGUUCGAGAUGGUAAUUAUAAUUUGUUUGAAUUCCCUCUUAUUGACCUGAAUAUUAGUAUGUUUUAAAAGAAAGUAACAAAAUAACCGAAAAAAGUAAUGGGAAACAUGUUAAAAUUAGAUCAAUUUACUAAAAAAAUAUAACAUAAAUGAAAUCGCUGUAUUUUUUUCUUAUUAAUAAUUUCAAGUUUGGUCAAACGUUUUCCGAAGCUCAUUAUAUGAGUCAAAAACUUUCAAAAUUUCAUUGCAAUCGAUUCAUUGACUCCGGAAAUAUGACAGUUCAAACUUCAUGUAGAAUAGCCCGAUUUUCCCAAAUUUGGGCCAUUGGUACACAACUAGUUGAUCAACUAACAGUAUUUUUUUUAGAUUUUUUGAUGCACUUUUCAAAAAGUUACAGCUAUUUGACCAUUUUUUGAAAAGUGAAAAUUUUGCCUGUCCCGAUCAUUUUGUCCAUCUCCUGUACGUCACGUAGUACUUAUUCUUACACUUUUUUUCAUUUUAAAAUGCUCUCUUUUAGUGUUUUUUUUUAAUGUCAAACUAGGUUAAGGUACCCAAGUGAUCAAUAUCAGUAAAUUCUUUGUUUCAAAGAUAAGCUUGCCUGUUUCUAAUAAAAAAAAUACUAGUCUAGCUCCAUGCACAACUACAGACAACCACAUGUUUUAGCUGUUGAAAUAUAGUGGCUAUUACCUAUAUAUUUCUGCAGAUCUUUAAAAAAACGAAAAUUAUUCGAUAUUUUAGUUUUUUGUGAAAAUCUUUUAAAAUACAUCGUAAAGAUCGGCAAGCGAGUAAACAUCAUGCAGAGAUUUUAGAAUUAUAGUUCUGCUGGGUGGUCUGACGAGUUCUGAUUUCUGCAAAAGUUCAGAUUAUCGAAAUUCAACAGAAUUUUAUCGAAGUUAAGCUGUGCCAAAGUUCGGUUAAACAGAUAAUUCGAUGAAGAUUACCAAACGUUCGUUGUUGUCCUGUCGAAAUUUGUUUUUUUUUUUAAUUUUUUUUUUUUCUGAUAUUCUAACUACUGGACUUUGCUGUAAAUCUAAUUGAAAAUGCAAACUGCAAGCAACAACUUGAACUUUUUUUUUUCAGAACACAAGGAAAAUCUAUUUUUUCAGAAUCUCAAACCUUUUGAUUGAUUGAUUGAUUGAUUGAUCAACACAAAGCUUAAGAAACGAUUUCAGAAUCCAGAUAAUAGUUUUAAUAUUCAAUUUAAUCCAGGAAAAACCUAAAUUCUAGAAAUAACUUUGCCAAUUCUUCAAGAGAUUGUUUGUAAAUUAGAAAAUGGGUGACAAUACCAUUUGACAUAAAAUAAUUGGGACAUUCAUUACUUUAUCGCCAAAGUCUUCGCGACCCACAAAAAAUCAGCCUGCGACCUACCAUAGUUUGAGAAACGGUGUUCUAGGUUUCGUAGAAUAAAAAAUGAAACUUUUGAGAACACUUGGCUGAUACACAUACAGGGGAUGGCCAAAAUGUUUGGGAUAGGCAACUUUUUUUCUCCCACAAAAAAAUUCAACAUGCUGUAACUUUUCAUAGAGCGCAUCAAAAAAUCUCAAAUUUUGACUGUUUGUCAACCUAUUAUAUGUGCAUCAUUGGUGCAAAUUUGGGCUCGAUUGAAUAAUUUUUCGCGAAGUAAGAACCGUUCGGGUAAAACAUUAUUAUUUAGACAACUAAUUUUUGAACUGUCAUAUCUCGGAAACCAGUGAAUCGAAUUGAAUGAAUUUUUUAACGUUUAUCAACAAUAUAUUGAUACUUAAUACGAUGUUAUAAAAUGUAAUAUUUUCUCACGGCGAAUUAAGUUAUACCGGGUUGAAAUUUUUACCCAUAUAGAGGAAAAUAAGUCAAAUUUACAAUACCACACAAAAAUUACUAAAUGUGUUCUUUCUUCAAUCUAAAUAGGCUCUAAUAUAUCUGAUUAGAGAUAACUUGAGAACAGAAGUGGAAAAUCUUUGGAUAUCAACAUUCAAAUUUAUUGACAUUGAUGUAAAAAGAAUACAUUUUUUUGAGAAAAAUCCAAAAAGUGUCAAUCCAUGAUAACUUUUUUCAACGUUUAAAAAGUACCUAUGUUUUAAUAGUUUGUGAAGCAUAUACAUAUUGUUAGUGUACGUUCAAAAUUUCAUUCAAUUCGUUGCACUGGUUUCCGAGAUAUGACAACUCCAAAAUGAGUUGUCUAAAAAAUAGUGUUUUACCCGAACGAUUCUAACUUUGCGAAAGAUUAACCAAUCGAGCCCAAUUUUGUACCAAUGAUGCACAUAUAGUAGGUUGACAAACAGUCAAAAUUUGAGAUUUUUUUAUGCACUCUAUGAAAAGUUACAGCAUGUUGAUUUUUUUUUGUGAGAGAAAAAAGUUGCCUAUCCCAAACAUUUUGGCCAUCCCCUGUAUGGAUUUGAUUGAACCGAAAUCCAAAAGUGUAAAAAUAGAAUGAUUUGAAAUUAUACCAAACAUAAAUAUUUUGUCACGGUUUUAUAUUUUCUGCCCUAUAGUGUACUAACUGCAACUCAACAGGGACUGGGAACACCCCAGCAGACAAUCUGAUUCUUUAUGCUACCGACCGGCUUCUACAUAUCUGGGCCGCAGCUCGGCGAAAUCAAAACAUUGGAGCGAAACUGAACCAGAUGGAUUUUCGGUUUUAAUCCUCUGAGAGAUAGGACCAGUUAGCGAGACUGUGCGCUGCAGUACGCUAAUCCUCGCCACGCCGGUUAAACUAAAAUCUUCAAUAAAUUUCAGCUUUAUGUAAAUUCCAUCGCUUACGAGUGAGCGAGCGAGGUUUGCUUCAGGCUAGAAACUGACUUGCGAAUUAGAGUGGAAAGAUUUCACUUCUUUGGCUUACAAAGGAGAUAUAAGUGAUGGAGGUAGAUUCAGCGAUAUCACACAACUAACUAACUUCCCAAUCAACACUUCACCAUCUGGUAACCCUACCUCAGUUGAUCCAGCGACGUACUUUUUAAUACGUCAAAGGCUUGUGAUUUUCCCAUUCUACCCGUGACUAUAGUAUUUCUUUAUCCUUGAGUCAGCUACUUCACGGCAAGUCGGCCUUCCUUGCGGGCUACCGUCCGAUGCUGCAAUAAUUAAAGGCUGCCUCCACCAGACUGUCUUUUGUGUUGAAUCGAAAUGGGAAGCAACGAACGGAAAGCUUCAACAUUUUGGACCAAUUAAGACGAGACGGUCGCGCAUUGACUGACUGCAAAGCAAUUGCCUGCGGUUGCUCCAUCCGGUGUGGAUAAAUAUAGAACGAAGAAUAACCCAUCAGAAUCCAAAUCGGGCGAACCCUUUUAUUGGAUGACCAUUUGAAAAAAGCAUUGUAUGAUGAUUCGCCUGUCUUGAGUAUUGUUGCAUUCGCAAAAAAUGAACUUUCAUUGGAAUAAUCAACAUUUCAUCAUUCAUUUUCUUUGCGAUCGAGUAACAUCUAUACACACCAGCUGUAAGUUUGUCAUUUUAGUGUCGCUUGUGAAUGGCAACUUGUCUGUUGUCUCUCGUUGGAAGUGAUUAAAGACCCACGCUCACUCUAGCUGCUUUUGCGCAGGCAGUUGACUGCGCUAAGUUGAAACUCAUAUAGGUACCUAGGUGCCUACAUUGAAAUGUCUCUCAAAAAUCAGCGCAUCGGACGCAACUACGUCGCGACUGAGAGAAUCGACCGACGUGAGUGACUCGAGAAACGAGUCACUUUCAGUCGGUGGCAGUAGGUACAGUGACAAACAAAAUAAAUAAAAAAAAUCAGCGACCACUGCUGCUUUUAUGGGAUGGCAUAACAUAUCGCCGAGUGCUGGUGCUGGGCGACUCAUGCUGUUGCGUUUGAUGGAGGAGCUUUGAUGGCUGGCGUUGAUGAUCGGGAUGUCACUGUUUUCCAACUAUCAAAUAAGUGUGAAUAAUCUAGUACUGUUACUAGAAAAAUCUCAUUAAUUAAAAGAUCAAAUUCAAGAUAUAAAUGAAUCAACAAUAUUUCUCCAUAAUACACGUUGCGUGGCUCCUCUCCUCCUCCUCUUCUUGGCGUAACGUCCUCACUGGGACAAAGCCUGCUUCUCAGCUUAGUGUUCUAUGAGCACUUCCACAGUUAUUAACUGAGAGCUUCCUCUGCCAAUGACCAUUUUGCAUGUGUAUAUCGUGUGACAGGCACGAAGAUACUCUAUGCCCAAGAAAGUCAAGGAAAUUUGCUUUACGAAAAGAUCCUGGACCGACCGGGAAUCGAACCCGUCACCCUCAGCAUGGUCAUGCUGAAUACCCGUGCGUUUACCGCCUCGGCUAUAUGGGCCCUUGCGUUGCGUGGCUAUCAAUCUUCAAUCUCGGUCACGCCCAACGCUCUUCAGAUUUCUUGCAAACAUCAGUUUUGCAUGGUUGUUGUCCGGCAUUCUUACAACAUGCCCUGCCAAACGUAUCCUUCCUGCUUUUGCCACCUUCCGAAAGCUAGGUUCGCUGUACUGCCCAUAUUCACAUAGUCGACGGUCACAUGUAUGAAGAUGCGUCAGAUAUUAGCAUGCGUAUGCUUACUUUGUCAAUGGUGGUUACGUCGACCAUGCGAACAUGGGCAGUGUAGAGUGCAGCGAGCUCGUGGGUCAUUCUUCAUCGCCACACAUGUAUUGUAUUAAAAUGUAUUGAUUUUUUUUUAUUUUAUACGAAAGAGCAGAUUUUUCUGAGUCACUAUGAUUUUUUUAAGACUUUUAGAACUUUGUUUUGAUACGUAAAAUCAAUUUCAAAGAGAUUUUUUGAAAUCACCUUUUGACAGUUGGGCAACUGUUUGACAGCUCCGCUUGCAUACCACCAAACAUAAUUCUAAGCAGCCGACGGUCGAACAUUUCGAGUGCCUGCAUGUCCUUCUCGAGCAGCGUCCAGGUCUUGUGACCGUAUAGAACCGCCGGUUAUCAGUGUCUUAAAUUUAAGUUUAAAUUAUGUCCUUAUAAUAUGAAAAUUGGAAACAGUGUGUUCUUACAAUUUGAAGUUUGGUCAUUGGAACUUUGGUCUUUCCAAAACUGAAUUUAAGAAAGAGACUGUGGGCCCCUAGUCAUUUAAGAAUUUGUUUAUCAGCAAUUUACAGAAAUCAAAUCAAAAUUCUUUGAGAUUUUGAUUGUGAUUUUUUUUUUUGCAAUUUGAAGGAUCAUGAGAAAUUUCUUAAGGAAUCUAGGCAUAAUUUGAAAGUGGAAUUUCAGGGGUUUCGGAAGAAUUUCCAUAAAUGUUGCUAGGGAAAAUGUUUUGACGAUAUUUGAUUUAUUUUUUGCGAAAUUUCUUAGGAAGCCAAUAAAGACGUGCCCUGAAAACCAGACAUAAUCUUUUAGAUAUAGUUGCAGUCGAUUUUCGGAAGAUAAUUUGGCAAAGAUUGAUAGAGGAAUUUCCAAUUAUAAUCCUGGAAGAACAUCUGAUAGAGUUCCAAACAGAAUUCUCCGGCAGCUCCAGGAAAGAAGAAGAUAAAUCCUGAGAAAAUUUAGACAUAUUUAAUAAAUUUAGAUUAUUUAAAAUAAUUUGAGGUGUACUUACUCAAUGAACUCGUACAAGAAUUUAUUACAAAAAUCUUAGAAAUUUCCUUAAACAAUUAUAAUAGAUUUCAACAUUUUUUAGAGAUAUCUGGAAGUAUUGCUAGAAAAUCCCAGAAUCCCUGAAAUGUUAAAGUUUGGAGAAAAUUUAUAAAAAUAUAUUUAGAAUCCAUUUUAAAAGUAUUUCUAAUGCAAGAUUUUUUUUUCAAAAAUGACGAAAGAAACGACAUUAAUCCUUUGAUGUUUUUAACACUCUAUGUGCGUUAGGGUUAUUUUUUUACCCCAACCGUACACUACGUCAGCAUGCUGUUCCCACCCUGAUGAAUUGGGACGGUCAAUUGAACAAAGUAUUCUUGGCGAAUUCGGCCAGAAAUCUUAAGUCUAAUAUGGAGCUCUUGUAUAAUUUAGUCUUGCUAUUUUGGGUUAAAAGUGCAAUAUUCGCAGCAAUACUGAGUUGAAAAAUGCAGCCGAUUCAAAUGGAAGUAUGAAUGAGUAUGAUCAUUAUUGUCCAAGCUUUAGUACUAAUAACAAUUUUGAAUAUUUUUGGAUCAAAAUUGAGGGGGUUAGAAGCAAAGGGGUGUAAGUGACAAAAACCCACUUUCGAGUAAAUGAGGUUCAAUGUUUUUCACCCAUGUUUCAUUCCAUACAAAAUGUAUGGAGUUUCAAAAUUAACCCAAUUUUCUCCAAUUUAUUGUAUUUUUUCUAAUCAUCGCAGAAAUAAUCUCAAUAAAGUUCAUGAAAGCUUGAAAUCUGAAGUGUUUUGUGAAAUGCUCAGCUCAAAAUGGACAAAAUGGUCACUUACACCGCUUUGAAUCUGGACCCCUCAAUCCAGUAUAUUAGAUAUCAACAAUAUUCGGAACAAUUUGUAAUAUAUCUCCGAUUAUUGAAGUUUUCUACGGUUCGGAAAACUUUUAAAUAUCCUUCCAAAAUUGUGAAGAUCUGAUAAAAUUUCUUGGUACAUGAAGUAUUAUUAUUACUAUUUCUUUUUUAUAGUGAUUUUCAGCCCUAGGCUGGUUCAUCUCUUUGGUACAUAAAGUAAGCAAAACUCAGUAUUUUGAGAAAAGUCAAUUGCUGUCGAACUCUUGAAGUCUUAUUCAUUCAGAGAAAGUUUUGUAGUUAAUUCAUGCAUAUUUUAAGAUAAGGCUAGAUUUAUGAUUGUCAUUAUAAAACAUGCCAAUUUAUUUCAAAACCUGUUUUAGAGACGCAUACGGUCCGCGACCACUGUUUUAGGUGAACUAUGCAGAAGACUCGUAUUGAGAGCUUCUGAAAAAAUUUUUGGAUUUUUUUUUUAAUUUUUCAUUAUAUUUCUUCCAUCACUCACAUAUCGCUAGAAGUUUCUUCAGAAAAAUCAAGGAUGCCAGAGCAUCAAGAAU